AUGCACGACAUUGCCGAAUACAAGCAAGCCCUUUCAUUCGCAUUCUGCGAGGUCAUCAGCUCCUCUCCUUCCACACACAACACCUACCCGAAGAAGCCCGUCGAGCGGUACUCAUUCGUUCCAACCGCCACUCAAGCAAGGCCACCAACAGCACUCCACCCGGCACUUCGGUCGGAAAGCGUCACCUCGAGGGCAUCCACUCCGGAUCUGGACUUCGAAUGCGACACYCCAGAUAGCGUCGAAAGCUACUCGACCAAAACUUGGACGGUUGACCUGCUCCAACCCAUCAGUCCCUGCUCGCAAUCCUUCACCUCAGAGUGUAUCUCCUCCAUGGGUCUCAAGCACGACAGCUUUGAAAGCUUGUCGGACUCGAACUGKAACAUCGAACAUCUUCGAAACAUCAGCAUCAGUUCCGCCACUUCCAACACAUCUUCCAGCGCAUGUUCCCUAUCAUCGAUGGAAGGCAACUACGACACUCCCAAACGCGGGAGGCGUUCAUCCAGCAAACGCUGGUCGAUCAGUCGUCUCCACCCACUCACCAUCUUCACCAAGCUUUCCCGCCCGGAAUCUCCUUCGACCACAGGCUAUGCCUAUGAUAGCAUGAGCAGUGCAGGCCGACCGAGAUCUCGCUGGACGAUUGGUCGUGACUACAACAGCAUGUCGCCCGGUGCUAAUCCUCAUGCCUAUUGA